UAAAACUAAAAAAGGGUUGUUUUGAAAAUUUGUCCUCCAUCCUGCUUCAGUCCCUCAAAGCAUUUGCUGGAUUGUUCUAUCCUGUUGAUGGAGGAAUCAUUCGCAUCGCUGUCCUCGUCGCUGAGAGUGGCGUCGGCGAAGGGUUUUCUUUUGGCGGCGAUCAGACAUACAUGGUAAACUAAUUUUACGUUCGACAAAAGAACUGUACUUUUUAAAAACUAUUUGACUCGAAGGAUCAAAACGAUCCCUCCGAUCCGAUCCGAUCCGAUCCAAUCUCUUCCAAUGGACCCCACAUCGGCCCGCGCCUUCUCCGUCGACCUCCUGGUCGGCCACGCCUCCAAAGGCCACGGCGUCAUUACCUCCAUGGCCGCCGGCAACGACGUCAUAGUCCUCGGCACCUCUAAGGGCUUCCUCAUCCGCUACGAUUUCAACAUGGCCGACUCCUUCGAUCUUGAUUUGUCCGGUGGCCGAGGCGGUGAUCAGCAAGUGCAUAGGGUUUUUCUUGAUCCUGGGGGGAGUCAUUGUAUUGUUACUGUGGUUGGGAGUGGGGGUGCUGAGAGUUACUAUACGCAUGCUAAAUGGGCUAAGCCGAGGAUUUUGACGAGGUUGAAGGGGUUAGUUGUCAAUGCUGUUGCUUGGAAUCGGCAGCAGAUCACUGAAGCUUCAACUCGGGAAGUCAUCCUUGGUACGGAGAAUGGAGAAAUAUACGAGAUGGCAGUUGAUGAGGCAGAUAAGAAGGAAAAGUAUGUUAAGUUGCUGUUUGAGCUAACAGAGCUCCCAGAAGCUAUUAUGGGCUUGCAGAUGGAAACUGCUGCUGUAAUUAGUUCUACUAGGUAUUAUGUGAUGGCGGUCACACCAACAAGAUUAUACUCCUUCACAGGCAUUGGUUCAUUGGAGACGGUGUUUGCUAGUUAUUCAGAUCGUGCAGUACAUUUCAUGGAGCUUCCUGGAGAAAUACCAAAUAGUGAACUACAUUUUUUUAUUCAUCAAAGAAGGGCCAAAUAUUUUGCCUGGUUGUCUGGUGCUGGGAUAUAUCACGGUGAUCUAAAUUUUGGAGCACAACAUAGUUCAACCAGUGGGGAUGAGAAUUUUGUUGAAAACAAGGGCCUCCUGGACUACUCCAAGUUGGGUGAUUGCGUUAAACCAAGAUCUCUCGCAGUCUCCGAGUUUCAUUAUCUGCUUCUAAUGGGAAACAAGGUUAAGGUUCUCAACAGAAUUAGUCAACAAAUUGUAGAGGAGCUCAAAUUUAAUCAUGCAUCAGACUCUGUUUCAAAUGGUAUAAUUGGACUGUGCAGUGAUGCCACUGCUGGAGUUUUUUUCGCAUAUGAUGAAAGUUCUAUCUUCCAGGUUUCUGUGCAUGAUGAAGGCCGUGACAUGUGGCAAGUGUAUUUAGACAUGAAGGAAUAUGCUGCUGCUUUAGCCCAUUGCCGCAAUCCGUUCCAGAGAGACCAAGUGUAUUUAGUACAAGCUGAUGCUGCUUUUUGUGCAAAGGACUUUUACAGGGCAGCUUCCUUCUAUGCGAAGAUAAACUAUACCCUGUCCUUCGAGGAGAUCAGCUUAAAGUUUAUUGCCAUAGGUGAGCAGGAUGCUCUUAGGACGUUCUUAUUAAGAAAGCUUGAUAAUCUUACAAGAGAUGAUAAGUGCCAAAUUACAAUGAUCUCUACAUGGACUACUGAGCUGUAUUUGGACAAGAUCAAUCGUCUAUUGCUGGAAGAUGACACAGCCACAGUUAAUAAUGUCUCAUUCGCAAGCAGUGAUUCGGAUUACCAAUCAAUUAUCAUGGAAUUUCGGGCCUUCCUUAGUGAUUCCAAGGAUGUAUUGGACGAGGCAACGACAAUGAGGUUAUUAGAGAGUUAUGGCAGAGUUGAUGAACUCGUAUUCUUUGCCAGUCUUAAGGAGCAUUACGAAAUUGUUAUUCAUCAUUAUAUCCAGCAAGGAGAAACAAAGAAGGCGUUAGAGGUCCUCCAGAAGCCUAAUGUCUGCAUUGAUCUUCAGUAUAAAUUUGCUCCGGAUCUGAUCAUGCUUGAUGCUUAUGAGACUGUUGAAGCAUGGAUGGCUAACAACAAGCUGAAUCCAAGAAAACUAAUACCAGCAAUGAUGCGCUACGCUAGCGAACCACAUGCAAAGAAUGAGACCCAUGAGGUUAUCAAGUAUUUGGAAUACUGCGUCCAUCAUUUGCAUAAUGAAGAUCCUGGAGUGCACAACCUGUUGCUUUCCUUGUAUGCAAAGCAGGAGGAUGAUAGUGCGCUCUUGCGGUUUCUACAAUGCAAAUUUGGCAAGGGUCGAAUAAGUGGCCCUGAAUGUUUUUAUGAUCCCAAGUAUGCAUUACGAUUAUGCCUGAAGGAAAAACGAAUGCGUGCUUGUGUCCAUAUUUAUAGUAUGAUGUCUAUGCAUGAAGAAGCUGUUGCUCUUGCAUUGCAGGUGGAUCUUGAUCUUGCGAUGGCAGAAGCAGAUAAAGUUGAAGAGGAUGAAGAUUUAAGGAAAAAACUGUGGCUUAUGAUCGCAAAACACGUAAUUGAGGAAGAGAAAGGAGUUAAAAGGGAGAAUAUAAGGAAAGCAAUAGCAUUUCUGAAGGAAACUAAUGGCCUACUGAAGAUAGAGGAUAUUUUGCCAUUCUUCCCAGAUUUCACACUUAUUGAUGACUUUAAAGAAGCAAUAUGCUCAUCAUUGGAGGAUUACAACAAGCAGAUUCAGAAACUGAAAGAGGAUAUGCAUGAUGCCACACAUGGGGCUGAUAAUAUAAGGAAUGAUAUCAGUGCUCUUGCUCAAAGAUAUGCUGUUAUUGAUCGUGAUGAAGAAUGCGGGGGUUGUAAGCGGAAAAUAUUAACUUCUGGAGGGACAAAUCUGAUGGCAAGAGGUUAUACACCAGGUGGACCAAUGGCUCCGUUCUAUGUCUUUCCUUGUGGACAUGCAUUCCAUGCACAAUGUCUGAUUGCUCAUGUUACUCGCUGCACAAGCCAAACACAUGCCGAAUAUAUACUGGACCUCCAAAAACAACUAAAUUUACUUGGGGUAAACGCCGUGAAGGACAAAAGUGCUGGCCCUAGUGAGGAUUCCAUCACGAGCAUGACUCCAGCUGAUAAGUUGCGAUCGCAAUUUGAUGAUGCUAUAGCAAGUGAAUGCCCGUUCUGUGGAGACUUGAUGAUCCGAGAGAUCUCGCUGCCAUUUAUCCUGCCAGAAGAAGCUCAAGAGUUGGCAUCAUGGGAGAUUAAGCCACAUGUUACCAGCCAGAAAAUUCUUCCAAUGACGAUAUGAUGUGUAAAUCUAACUAUAUACCUGUCUUGUGCAUAAAUAUUGAAGUUCCCUUACAGUUUCCCUUCUGUUUUGGUUUUUGGAAUAAUAUAUUUCACAUGAUAAUUCAGUGUAUUUGAAAGAUAUAAUAUGUAUAGUUGCAGUUGGCAAUAGCCAGGGUUUCUAGAAUACACAGUCUCUUACCGUUUUAAUGUAAGUGCGUCUUGUGACGUUAUAGCAUGAGUAUACUUGGUUUUGAAAUCAUGUGUGGUGUCCCAAUGAAUAAAGUU